GCGAGUCAGUUUACCGCAGCGAGCGGAUCAAGUCGAACGCGUUUUGGUCUUAGUUCCGACGAAGUGUGAGAUCGUUUUCUGCUUGACUGGUGGAGCCUCCUCCCGCAAGCCUUUACGGCAGUCUGUUCUUAUUCAAUCAUUUAUUUUCCGAACCAUCGCCGCAGCAGCAAAACAAAAAUAUAAACGAAAGAAAGAAAAUAAGUGGACGGGACGCAGAUCAUCGAUCAAAUCCGGCAGCCGUGUAUCGGUGGGAUUUCGUUGAUUGCACCGGAAGACACGAAAACAAACAACCAUCAACGCUAAGAUGAGUGGAUCGAUCGAUAAUGGCUAAGGCCCCGUGCGCGGAUGGAUAAAAUAAGCUAAGCUUAGCGGUGCGGUUCGGUUCGGUUCGGGUCAGGUCUGGGCCAAAGAAGUGUUGUUUUGCUACGAUCGAUAUUACACUCCUCCGCAAGUGGUUCUUCUGGCACUAGUUUAGUUUUAAGUGUUUGGUUGGAAAUCGAUAGUUUAGGGUGAGGAGGAGCCAAACGCAAGAGAAAAAAAUUGGUUGUGCAUCGAAAACGAAAAUACAUAGAAUAGAUAGAACGAUCCGGCUAAGUGAGUCAGCAAAGUGGAAGUGCGUGUUUGCGAAGAUUGAAGAAGCAAAUAAAUGCGUGUCUGCAGAGAGAGAUAGAGUGGGCAAGUGGAGGAGAGCACAAACCAUUUCGCACCCCUCGGUGAACGAGUUUUUUUUAUUUCUUUUGUGUUGUUCAGAAAUUGGAAGAUUCGAAAAGUGAUAAUUUAUCAUCAGUAGAUUAAGGAAAAUUUUCUUUAGUUACGCGAAACAGCCGAUCAUUCGAUUGCUGCUGAAUUCAAGUGAAACUAGUCCUUUACGGUAGGCAAAGGUACUACAAACGAAUCAUGUGCGCUGGCGGGAGGCUUUUGAGGCUGAGCAUAAUCACGUGGACCAUUAUCUACGGUCCGGCGGCUGCAGUUCGAGCCGACUUCGAAUAUCAAGGUCUCUACACCGACCGACUAGAGGAUGCACAGCUGGUCGUGCCCCGAAAGGUGAACCAACGGGGGGACAUGAUCUCCCAUCGGUUAGCACAUUAUCAUCAUCAUCUUCAUCAUCAUCACCACCACCACCACCACUAUGAGGCGCAGUUGGACGGCACCGAAGAGGCACCGUCGCCGCAGCAGAAUCCGCCACCAGGGAGGAGUAGAAGCCGCCGAGAUGCGACCGACGAAGAAGGCGGGAAAUUACAUUAUCGGAUCGAUGUUGCCGAUCAGACGCUGCAUCUGGAGUUGGAGCCGUCGACGGAAUCGUUCGUAGCGCCAUUAAUGGUAGUGGAACGACAUCGGCGAGAUCUACGGAUCCGAUCACGUCCCAAGAAGCACAUCCACAGCUGUCACUACCAAGGACACAUCCGAGGUCACGAACAGUCCCGUGUAGCGUUGUCCGCCUGCAACGGAUUGACCGGUUUUCUGCGGACCAACAAAACCGAAUACUGGAUCGAACCGUCCAAAAAUCACAACCCGGCGGCGGACGGUGAGGGUCAUCCACAUGUCAUUUUCAAACGAGCGGACGUGAAAGACAUUAGGGAUGUUCGUUCCAAGAAAGUGAAUUCCUCGAAUGCUGUUCCCGGAAAAAAGAAGAAAAAGAAACGUCGAAAGCGUCAUGCGAGCAACUGUGGCACCAAGGAACCCCGGCGGCUUACCGAAACCCGAAUCGAGUGGCAACACCAGGGAAAGGUGAUCGUACAGGGCGGUCGGAAAAGCCGAGAUCAUCCGAGUCUUGGUGCGAACACCGGUGGAAACAAGAGACGCAUCAAACGAUCCAUCAGUACCCCACGGCACGUGGAAGCCCUAGUGGUGGCCGAUCAUUCCAUGGUUCAGUUUCAUCAGGAUGUGGACCUACAGCAGUACCUGCUGACGAUUAUGAAUAUGGUCUCGUCACUGUACAAGGAUCCCACAAUCGGUAACUCGAUUCAGGUAACGGUGGUACGGAUAAUUAUCCUGGAGGAAGAGGAAUCGCAUGCCGAUUUCAACGUGACACACGUGGCGGCCAAUACACUGGAAAACUUUUGCAGAUGGCAACGCAGUCUCAAUCCCAAGGCGGAGGACGAUCCUCACCAUCACGAUGUGGCAAUUUUGGUUACCAGAAAAAAUAUUUGCUCGACUCAUGGUUGUUCCACCCUGGGAGUUGCCAACGUAGGCGGAAUGUGCCGUCCCGACAAAUCUUGCAGCGUCAACGAAGACAACGGUAUCACUCUGGCGCACACAAUCUCCCAUGAGCUGGGUCACAACUUCGGCAUGUACCAUGAUACGGUGAAGACGGGCUGUGACCAUCGGAUAGGUCCGAUUCUACACAUUAUGACGCCAAGUUUCGAAGCGGACACGAUGCAGGUUUCUUGGUCAAACUGCAGCCGAAGGGAUAUUACUCAUUUCUUAGAUCUAGGUCUGGGGAAGUGUCUUGAGGAUCAACCGAGUCAACAGGAGUACAGCUACCCGGAGCUACCACCGGGGGCAAUGUACAACGCCGAUCUCCAGUGUCGGUUGCAGUUUAACUCGACCGACGAAGAGAUGACCGUUUGUUCCAAGCUCGAUGAAAUUUGCAAUCAACUGUGGUGUCUGGUGGAUGAUGUCUGCAUGACGAUGAUGCGUCCGGCGGCACCCGGCACCAACUGCGGCAAACGCAAGUGGUGCCAGAAUCAACAGUGCGUCGAUGUCGAAGAGCUUCCUUCACCGGUGGACGGUGGCUGGGGCGAGUGGAGCUCGUGGAGUGAUUGUUCCCGAGAGUGUGGUGCCGGAAUUGCAAAGCAAACGCGGGAAUGUGAUCAUCCCUCACCUGCCCACGGGGGCCUGUUUUGCAUUGGUGAAAGAGCCCGGUACAAAACGUGCAACACACAGCCCUGCCCACCGGAGACGCCUUCGUCUCGGGCGGAACAGUGUUCCGAGCAUGACAACGAUACCGUGAAGGGCGAGAAGUACACCUGGUUGCCGUACUUCGAUAAAAACGAACCAUGCGAGCUCUACUGCACCAACUCGGAGGAUACCAUCAUAGUUCCGUUCGGGGACAACGCUGCCGACGGGACACCCUGUAAUCUCGGUAGCAACGACAUGUGCAUCGGUGGCAUCUGCCGGAAGGUGGGAUGCGAUUGGAUCGUCGAUUCCAACACGACCGAAGAUCAGUGCGGUGUGUGCGGUGGUAGCGGUGACAGUUGCACCGUAAUUCAGGGCAAUUUCACCAAAAAGGUCAACAUGUCCGAUGGCUUCUACGAUGUUCUACAGAUCCCAGCUGGAGCGAGAAAUAUUCUGGUUGAGGAAAUGGGACCGUCGAAGAAUUUCAUCGGAAUCGGGAAGGCUAACAGUAAGGAGUACUAUCUGAACGGGAACAGAUUGAUUCAAAUGCCCGGAGAGUACGAGAUGGCAGGUAGCCUCGGGUUGUACGACCGGGAAGAGGAACAGGAGAAGAUCAAAAUUCCCGGCCCGAUCACCGAUGAUAUCACAAUAUCGGUAAAUGUUGUAACCGUUUACUUGAUUUUCGUUGUCGCAAUCGUAGCCAUUUCGGUGAUCAUGAAGAAAAAGAAUAACCACGCCGGCAUCCGAUACGAGUACACACUGUCCUCGAACUCAACUCGGAACCACUCGCCGUACUACUGGAAGCUGACCGAUUGGACACUGUGUUCGGCAACCUGCGGCGGUGGCAAACAGCACCGGGAGUCCGUCUGUAAUCAUCGGGGCGAAGGUAUCGUCGAUGAUAGUUUCUGCGUGCAGAACGCCCACAACAAACACCACGAGCGGAUGACACGGGACUGUAACGAGGAUCCUUGUCCUGCCAAUUGGUGGGUCGGUCCGUGGCAGUUGUGCUCGGUGACCUGUCGGAAGCAGGGUGAUCCUAACCCUACCCGAAAACGGUCGAUCCUGUGUGUCGAUCAGAAUCUGAAUGCCCAACCGGACGGUCGUUGCGAGGGCAAGACACGACCGACGGAUAUCGAACCGUGCCCGAGCCGGUUGCCACUCUGCAAGGGUUUACUCGAUGCACAGAUACUGGUGGAGGACGUUCCACCGGAGUACGAGGAGAACAAUGUCAUUUAAGGGGGGAUUUCCAUGUCGCUGUUUAACAGUUGGUAUUAUGUUAUAUUAACAUUUGUCUUAUUUCAAGGAGCAUUUUUUAAGAUAAGAGAUUUUUUUUCUAUUGGAGCGUACUUACAUUCUCAUGAAAAAAGUAUUAUUUUACUACAAAAAUAGAGGAUUAGUUACUAGUACAAAGCUAUUUAAAAAAAAAACCAGCAAAUUUCGAAGAAGCAACAAACAGAGAGACUCUUCAAAGAUGAGGUUUAAAAACUUAUAUAUUUACAGUGUAUUUAAAUGUACUUCUAUAAGGUUGCUCAGUUGCUACAACUGGAAACAAAUGCUAGCUUUUAUCGCAUGUUUAAUACUAGUUUAAGGUCUAAGUAAUACAAUACAAUCAACAUCAGACAAAUAAAUAUGAAAUCUCUUACA